AUGCCUCAUCCUCCGUACAGCCUGGACUUGGCCCCCAGCGAUUAUCACCUCUUCCCCAAGGUGAAGGAACACUUAAGUGGCAAACACUUCAAGAGCGAGGAUGAAGUGCGAGAAGAGGCCACGCGCUUCCUCAACGGGUUGGCGGGAGACGUCUUAAACUUAGGAAUGCAAAAGUUGGGCACAGUCUACAAAAGCUACUUCUUACUCUACAAGAGUCCCGGUAAAGUCGGCAACCAGUCAUCCCUGGUGCUUCGCGAACCCUCCCGCUACAAUUGCGUCUCCUUCUGGUACUAUCAGCCCGUAUUGAGGAGAGGUGUGCGGCUCUUCCUGGAUGGCGAUGAGAUUAAAGCGGUGGAUGAUGUCUGGAAGCGCCGGCAGUUGCAGUUCACGAGAAGCUUGACCAUUACCGCGCUCUCCGGGAGCAGCGACAAAGGAUUCGUGGCCAUUGAUGAUCUUCUGCUCAGUGAGACGCCAUGCGACGAAAUGGGUCGGUCGACGCGCAUGUUCAACUGCGGGAACAACCAGACGGUGCCAGGGCACAAAGUGUGCGACUUUGUGCCCGACUGCAAAAACGCCGCCGAUGAGCAACGCUGUGGCCAGUGUGACUUCUCCGAAAGCACGUGCGGCUGGGACACGAGGGGCUUCGCCAACCGUGGCUUGAUGGCCUGGCAUCACGCACCCAUUGGACGAGUACCAGGAUCGCCACCAACAGGAUCAGACGAAAGGCGUAGCGGGAACUACCUGCUCUUGUACUCGAAUAUAACUACUCGAGUCCCGGCGCAUGCCGGUAUUCAUUCCCCCAGCAUAAGGAACACUGACAAGUUGUGUACAAUAGAGUUUUGGUACAAUUACGCCGGAGACGGUAAUCUCGGAAAGCACGCAGAUGUUGCCCUUAUCCUGAAUGCUGGCGGCUACGCAAUGCCUGUGUGGUCCCUCCGCGUGUAUGGCGUAUCAAAACGUGCCGGUGUGUGGCACAGCGCUUUUGUGUCAGUCGGGCGCUACAGGACAGCCAUUAGUUUUUUCUUCGAAAGCUGGCGACAGGGGCGGGAAGAUGCGAUGUUUGCUGUCGACGCCAUAAGUUUUUACGGGUGUGCAUUACCAGCGAAGUCGAACAAUUGCACCGACUUGCAAUUCCGUUGUUCCAAUGGGGCUUGUAUAGCCAAACAAGACAUCUGCAACUACGUCGAUGACUGCGGAGACAACAGCGAUGAAUCGAAGUGCAAUGACUAUGGACUCCGCUGCAACUUCGACACUUCGUUCUGUGAUUGGAUGCCAGAUGCUCCAUUGGAUAAAACGCACAGGACUUGGGCUUUGAAGAAAGCAAUGCCGUCAUUGGCACUGUCUCCGACACGAGAUCACACAACAGGCACUCGUGAUGAUAAGGUUCUUUUACCUGUUGCGCGGAUCGAGUACGCCGCAGUUGACAUUGAAUGUCCGGGCAUCUAA